GAAGUUUAUGAGAGGCUCAUCCCUGCUCCUGGUUCUUACGCAUCAGAACGCGUGCAGCCAAUAGGAAACCGCGGAGCGUUAUUCCCGAUGAUGGAUGCUGAGGUGAAGCUGCAGCGAUAACCAGGUGUGUCAUGGGCACACGGUGCACCAAUAUGAGAGGAAACCAAGGUUUGCCGUGUUCAGUUAAGUUAGCCCACGUUGUUGCCUCUCCACAUCAAAUGGGUUCACGUGCCAAGGCCUCCUAAGGAUGUCCACAGAUGACAGCGUCUCUGAGGACGUUUCCACUUCCGCGGCUCUGAGCCACAACAAUGCGGACGCUAGCGGCGGGAAAGAGAGCGAGGCUUCCGCCGUCUCCUCCGAGGACACGCUGUCAGGGCCGGCCGGUCCCGAGGAGGAGCAGGAUCGGGUCCGAUCCGUGCGGGCUCUACGGGGCUUCUUCCAGUCCGCCACGGGGUCGGUGACGGGCCGAAGCCCACCCACACCAGCAAGCGGCAGCCCCCACAAGAGCAGGAGCUUGUGUUUCGGUCCAGAAGAGUUCGGCUCAGGGAGGAGCUUGCCGUCCAUCAACCCCAGCCCCCUGGAGACGCUGAGCGCCCUGGUGCAGGAGAUUCGGAAGGGCGGGGAGACGGACCCGGAGCUGUGGAAGGACAGCGAGGGCAGAUGGUUACAUCUGUUUAAACUGGUGGAGAAGCAAUAUCAGGAGCAAAUUCUUACUCAGCAGGAACAAUACCAGUGCCAAAUUCAGCUCAUACAGGAUGAGAUCAAAGCCUUAGUGCAGCUUCAGAACCGGCCAAUCGCAACGCAGUCUGCCGACGAUACACCCGCCCAGACGCCGGGUGAUUCGCCGCUCUCAGACCCCGCCCCUUUGGCACCGUUGUCCUCGGCAACCGGCUCAGCCAAUCCCCAGGAGUUCCACAGAGAGAGGGCGGGGCCAGCGGUGACUGGCAGCUGUCAGGAGCUCCCAGAGCUCAGCCUGUGCGGGGGCGAAGGAGGGUGCGGUGGAGGAGGGACGGAUGAACAAUGGCGGCUGCAUCCCUUCCCACCUGUCCACAGCACAACAGCGCCCCCUCUGGCCGAGGAGAAACAAGCAGAUCCGCAGCCUCCCUCUGGCUCUCUGCCCUCCCUUCCCUCUCUCCCUGCUGACCAAUCAGAAACCAGCAGCCGGCUGCUCACCACCUGGGCACAGAGGGAGAGGCGCAGGGGGAGGAGGCGCAGGUCGGCACGGGAACCGCGGGAGGAGGCGCGGGAGGAGGCGCUGGAGGAGAGGGCCUUUGAGGGGAGUGCUCAAGCAGGCCGUCUGGAAAACUUCCGGUCUCUGGCACAGCCCCCCCAGCCCUUCUACCUGCAGCAGUGGGACCCCCCGGAGUGUCCGGCCUCAGGUCUCACCUUCUGGAGGUCAGAAGAGAAGGAGCUUUUCUGCCCGCGACUUGAUACACUAGACCGCGGGACUUCUCGCUUCGUACAAGAAGCACCUGUGGACCUGUGUUCUCCAGAGCAGGCCAGACUGUCGGUGCCACUGAGAGAGAUCUACCGGAGAAGACAGAGAGAGACCAGGUCACAUGACUGGAGUUCUUCCUUCAGCUCCAAAACCUCUCUGACUCAGGUGGAGGUGCUGCACACAGCGGCUCAGGUGAGGCAGCCGAGACCCAGCUUCACCUCCCCCUUCCGCUUCAGCAGUCCGUCCUUCCCCACGCAGUCCCAGCCCAGCCCACCAGGGGGCGCCCCCGUCACCCAGGAAUCUGCGCCGGAGGGCCCUGGCCCGUGUCACACAGACGGCAGCCUCAGGACUCUCCUCCACGGGACGUCCCACCCAGGCCUUGCCAGCAUGGCAGUCGUGUCCCCUGCCACCUCCCCCACGGGGGGGAGGGGUGCGUGUGGGGGUGCCCACGGUACGCCUCACAGCCAGGAGGAAGCCGGCCACCCGAAACCCCCACCCCGGGCGGACCCCUGGCGGCCCCCCUCCCUGCAGAAUAGCCCCUCCCUGGAGGACCCCGUGGUCCUGUCUCUGGCCAGGCAGAGCGUGAGGGAGAAGAAUUCCCGCCACAUCGCGGAUCUCCGCGCGUACUACGAGUCAGAGAUCAGCGUGCUGAAGGAGCAGCUGAGCCUGGCCAAUCGGCCGCCCGGUUCUGAGGAGAAAGAGACCAAUCAGAUCCUGCGAGACAGGUGUGAACACCUGGAGCGGAGCGUCGUGGAGACGAAAUCCAGGGCCAGGGAGCUGGAGGAGCAGAACCUCCGUCUGGGCAGGCAGCUGUGUGAGUGGCAGGAGAGGUACGACUCCGCCAGUGCCACGGUAACGGCCCUGCAGCAGCGGCUGGAGGCGGCCAAUCGGAGCAGGCGGGAGAAGGAGGAGGCGGCCAAUUGGAGCGAGCGGGAGAAGGAGGAGGCGGGGGAACAGCUGAGGGGCAGGCUGAGUCAGCUGGAGGGGGCCUACCUGCAGGCCUACCGGCUCUCUGACCACCAGGACGCAUACAGGAAGCAGGAGAACAGGGUGCUGCAGGACCUGCUUGCAGACUAUGAAACGCUGGAAAAAGACCACGGGAGAGUGAAGGACAAAUUAGUUUCAACGGAAGACAAGCUGUUUGAUGCCAUCGCACAGAUAUCGGAGCUGAAGAGGGUCGUCUCCAAGCUGGAGUCGCAGGUGAAGCAGCUGGAGCACGAGAACCUGAGAUCACGUCACCUGCCCCACAGCCACCCGCAGCCCUCCGGAGCCGGCCUGUACCACCACCCAGACCUGCUCCUGUCCCCCAGUAGGAGUCAGGCAGACCUGGAGACCAGCUCCAGGAAGUGGACAGACCCUGGGCAGCCCCUUGACCAAACUGCAGCCAACACAACCAGGCAUUACUCCUCCCCAGAGAAGGAGGAGAUUUGGGGGGGGUCCCGUGCCGGACGAACUCCCCAGGAGGGAAACCCCCCUGGCUCCGCUGAUGAAAGCUUUGAUUGUGACGGAGGAGAAGAGAUCCACAGAGGGCGGGGCCCUCCACAGGCCGGCCCCCCAGGGCCCCUGCUCCAGCCACAGCGGAUCUGCCCGUCGGUGAUAAUCUCAGCCAGGAGAGACAAGCUGAUGGCUCCGCCCCCUGAUAAGUCCAGCCCUAAGCGCUGCCCGUCAGAGAACUUCUCCACCGCCUUCGGCCCCGCCCCUUCCGGCCCCGCCCCUUCCUGGCAGCGCCACAGCCACAGCUGGUCUGACGUGCGAUUGGAUCAAAGGGGUCUGAUGUCAUCCUCACCAUCUCACAGUUCUAAUGCCAAAAAGAGGCUCCAGUGUUCAGGGGAACCAGAAGCCAAUCACCAGCCUAGCAAUGGCAAAGGGGGAGUGGCCAGUGGCGAAGACCCAAUAGAGCAGGGGGCUGAGGGGAAGGAGGCGGGACCGCCACGCCCGUCUGCCGCGCCCCUGUCCUAUCAGGACCGCCUGCAGGCCCUGCCGGACACAGAGCGGCUCUUCGACCAGCUGACCCUGGAGAAGCAGCAGAUCGAAGCCGCUCUGAGCCGCAUCCCAAACACGGCCGGGGGCAGGAUCACCCUGCAGGCCAAGAUCGAGGAGGAGGCCUUGGAAGCAAGAUUGGAAAGUGUCAAUCGGGAACUGGGGUCUAUCCGCAUGACCCUGAAGAAGUUCCAUGUUCUACGUUCUUCUGCCAACAUUUAGAACUCUCUUUGUGCUGCUUAGAAUUAGGAAUGUCACCUUUUCUGCUUACAGGAAUACAUAUUUCUACCGUGUGUAAAUCUCUGGCAAAAACCCUCUGCAUAGUAACCAUGUUAUACAUGUCCAGAGUAUUUCUACCUUUGUUAUUUUAUGGUAUUUUUUAUAGGAUUUAUUACAGAAAGUAGAAGGAAAUCACAAAGUGUUUUUAAAGUAUAUAUUUUCAUAAAUGUACAGAUUUGUAUGAUCUUUACUCUUGUAGACACAAGAAGACAUGAGUAUUGAGUAUUAUAUACUGUAAGAUUGACUUACCAUUUUCAGGUAAAUUAUGAAGAUUUUAUACCUGCUGAUCAAUAUAAAUGAGCAAUAUUGGAGUUCAAGCAGAGUAAUUUGCGCUGUUGUGUUCAUUAUGAAAGGAAACGAUAAACCGUCUUCCAUUUUAACAGAUUUUUUAUUAUUUAUCCUGAAUUAUUUAUAAUUAU